UCGAGAUGUUAGAAAUAUUAAUUGAACAACAUGGAGUCGCUUCCCGAUAACAUCGAAGAAUAUAAAAAGUUUAAAGUUGUAGAAUUGAAGGAAAUAUUAUCAGGAGUUGGACUUCCAGUUAACGGAUUGAAGGCUGAUUUGAUCGAAAGACUUUACAAUUAUAAAGUUGAGACUUCCCAAAAUAUUAAGAAAGAGGGAGAAAGAACAGAUGGCAACUAUGAGGAUGUUGAAGAGCCUCCACCAGGGCAGCCCACCCCUCCCCAGCCAGCUGGUCAAACAGCCCCUCCCCCACCAGCAGGUCCACCCCAGAUGAUACCGGGACCCCCGAUGGGAGGGCCUCCCCCUCGACAGCCAUUCCAAGGAGCACCCCCUCCAGGUCCUCCAAAGCCUGCAGAUAAUCUAGAUUCAGACUCGGAGUUCCAGAGGAAGGUUGCCAUACAGACACAACUAAUUAAUGAGGAGGAGCAGAAACAGAAGGAGGCAGCAGCCCUGGCCCAGCAGGCCAUCCUGAUGAGUCAGCGAGGGGGGCCUUCUUCUGGCCCCGUCCCUCCCAGCGGUGACCUGAUGGAGAAGGUCAGACAACAGCAGGUCAUGAUUGAGAUAGAGAAACAACAGACAAUGAGGCAGAUGCAAGAACAGGCAAUAAAUCAAGCAGAACAAGAUCGCCGUAUGAAGGAGGCAGAACUUCUGCGUCAGCAACAGAUUGCCCUGAUGGAAGCCCAGAGAGAGGCUCAGGAAAAACGCAUCCAGGAGCAACAGCAACAACAGCAACAGCAGCCACCAGUUCCUCCCAUGCAUGUUGCUCCCCCACAGCCACCCAUGCAGCCAGCAGUGGUUCCCCCUCCCCCAGGAAUGAUGGCACCUGCCCAGCCAGUGCCCCCUCAGCAGGGAGCUGUUCCUAUGAACAUCCAGGGACAGGGUGGUAUGCCCCAGCCCCCAGCCAGCAUGCCACCACAAGUUCCAAUGCAGCCAGCACCAGGAAUGCCCCCACAAGGUGGAAUGCCCCCACAAAGUGGAAUGCCCCCACAAAGCGGAAUGCCCCCACAAAGUGGAAUGCCCCCACAAGGUGGAAUGCCACCACAGGUCCCCAUGACAGCACCAUUGGUACCACCUGGUACUAUAGCACCACCACAAAGGCCUCCUGUGGCUCCAAUGCCAAUGAUGCCAGCUGGGGCUCAGCAAGGCAUUCUUCCUCCUGGGACCCAGACAGUGCCCCCGGGGACACAAAUUCCUGUCUCUCACCCUCCCAUGCACCAGGGACCCCCUCCACCUGGCACUCAGCCAGUGUCUUCUCAACCAAAACCCCCAGAGCGACCCCCAGCUUCUGCCCCUUCAGAGGAGAAACUACCUCCUCCUCAGCUGGAAUCCGGAUCCUCCAAAGAAAUCAAAUUGCCACAAGCCUUGGAGAAAGUGUUAGCUUUUAAAGAUGUCAGGGCACAGGAAGUGGGUGUUACCCACGAGGAAAUCGAACAGAUGAACACACCCAUGGAACGUGAUGCAGAUGAUGAAGAUGCUAGUGAGGAUGUGGGGUAUGGAACAUAUGACAUGGAUGAAGAGGAUGAAGAAGCCACCAAAACGGGUGGUGCUAAAGAGUCCAAGAACAAGAAAAAGAAGAAGAAGAAAAAGAAAGCCAAGAAGAACCGCCUAAUGCAGCAGCAACAACAAGAACAGGUGGAGAGGCCCGACGAGGAUGUACAUUUAAUUUUUGUUCCAGAACAGCUUGUUGACCAAACUUGCAUCCAACUGAUCCAAAUGCACUUCACUUUUGCAAAAAUUUUUGAAGCCUUCAAGAUCUCAGAGGAAAAGAAGGAUGAUAAAUGCUGACUGAAAAAGAUGAAAUGACCAAGGAAGAACCUGCGAGAAGAUGGGAAAGUGACAUCGAUUAAAAAAAAUUGACCAAACCCAAGAUGACCAUUCAUGGAGAUCUGUAUUAUGCGUAGGUUGUCAGUGAAACAACUGGUCAGUCGGCCAGACGUGGUGGAGAUGCACGAUGUCACCGCCCAGGACCCCCGUCUCCUGGUCCACCUGAAGGCCACGAGGAACACUGUCCCCGUACCCCGCCACUGGUGCUUCAAAAGGAAGUAUCUCCAGGGCAAAAGGGGUAUUGAGAAACCUCCAUUUGAAUUACCUGAUUACAUUAAGGCAACUGGCAUAAUGGAGAUGAGAGAGGCUCUUGCUGAAAAGGAGGAUCAGAAGAAUUUGAAGGCCAAGAUGAGGGAGAAGGUGCGACCAAAGAUGGGAAAGAUUGACAUCGAUUACCAGAAACUUCACGAUGCUUUCUUCCGCUGGCAGACCAAACCCAAGAUGACCAUUCAUGGAGAUCUGUAUUAUGAAGGAAAAGAAUUUGAAACCAGACUUAAGGAGAAAAAGCCAGGGAAUCUCUCAGAUGAGCUGAAAACUGCUUUAGGAAUGCCACUGGGUCAUAAUUCUGAGAAGUUUCCUCCUCCCUGGUUAAUUGCCAUGCAGCGAUACGGACCUCCCCCUUCAUAUCCCAACCUGAAGAUACCCGGACUGAGUGCACCCAUACCUGAGGGUUGUUCAUUUGGAUACCAUGCAGGUGGUUGGGGUAAACCACCGGUUGAUGAAAAUGGUAAACCACUGUAUGGUGAUGUGUUUGGAACACAAAGUUCAGAAUUCCAGACUCCAGUACAAGAGGAGGAAAUAGACAAAUCUCUGUGGGGAGAAAUGGAGGAGGAGUCUUCCUCAGAAGAGGAGUCAGAGGAAGAAGAAGAAGAGGAGGAGGACACCUCAGGAUUGGUUACUCCAGGACCAGAGGGUCUGGUGACUCCCAGUGGAAUAACCUCUGUACCUAUGGGAAUGGAGACCCCCGAUAUGAUAGAACUGAGGAAGAAGAGGAUAGAGGAUGCCAUGGAUCAGGGAGGGGAAACACCGGCUCUCUAUACCAUCUUACCCGAGAAAAAAGCAGCAGUGGGUGGAGCUAUGAUGGGAUCCGCCCACGUAUAUGACACAACAGCUGUAACAGCUGGUAAGAAAGACAAGCCAGGUACAGAGGGUAUAGAGGUGGCCUUGAAUCCCGAGGAGUUAGACCUGGACACUGCUGCCAUGCAGGCUAAGUAUGACCAGACAAUGAGGGAGCAGCAGUCCCAGCUGGAGAAGGAGGAUCUCAGUGAUAUGGUGGCUGAACACGCAGCCAAACAAAAGAAAAGAAAGAAACAACAACAGGAUGGUGGAAAAGCAGCGAAAAAAUACAAGGAGUUCAAGUUCUAGUGGACUAGUGCUUUAUAUUGACCAUUUACUGUUGUCUUGUGAUCACAAUCAUUGUCGGAAAUUAAUUUCAAGGACAUUAUAUCAUUCACAUCAGCCAUGUUUUUCAGAUAUAGGGAUUUGAAAAAAAUCAUGAAUUUUACUUCAUUUUCUUUGUAUAUUGUACAAAAAAUGUGGGAAUACAUUUUUUAAAAUUUCA